AUGGCACCGACACUCCCCCGAGACCCACCCGCACCGCGCUACCGCACCCAAAACUACCGCGGAAACGCCCGCGGACUCGGAAAGCAGGACCAUCCAGAGGGGUCGAGCAACUACACGCUCUUGCAGGGGUUCGAGUGGUAUCAGGAGGGAGGGGGAACGUAUUAUGCUUGGUUGGCUGGCAAGGCAGAGGAGCUCGGCGAGAUGGGCAUCACGGCCAUCUGGAUCCCUCCCCCGACGAAAGCGGACGGGCCCAACAGCGUCGGCUACUCGAUCUACGACCUCUGGGACCUCGGAGAGUUCGACCAGAAGGGCGGGAAAGCAACCAAGUGGGGCACGAAGGACGAGUUGCUCGAGUGUGUCAAGAAACUCAAGGAAAACGGAAUCGUCGUCUACAUCGACGCAGUCCUGAACCACAAAGCCGGAGCAGACUAUACCGAGCCCUUCCACGCGACCGAAGUAGACUGGGACGACCGGACCAAGGAGAUCUCCGACCUCUACGAGAUCGAAGGAUGGACAGGCUUCAACUUCCCUGGCCGGAAGGGCAAGUAUUCCGAGAUGAUCUGGUCGCACAUCCAUUUCACGGGAGUGGAUUGGGACGACAAGGGGAAGAAGAAAGCCAUCUUCAAGGUUCAAGGCGAGGGAAAGACAUGGGCCAAGUCAGUCGACAGCGAAAAGGGAAAUUUCGACUACCUCAUGGCGUCCGAUAUCGACCAUUCGCAUCCUGAGGUGCGGAAGGACUUGAUCAAUUGGGGCGAGUGGGUGAUCAAAGAAACCGGCGCCGCAGGAUUCCGUUUCGACGCAGUCAAGCACAUUGACGAAGGCUUCAUCGCGGAUUUCGUGAGGGAGGUCAGGGAGAGGUUGGAUAACCCGGAUAUGUUCUGCGUUGGCGAGUUCUGGAAAUCGGAUCUCGGUGCGCUCGAAGGCUACCUCGACCGGUUCCCCGAGCAAUUCUCCUGCUUCGACGUCACCCUCCACGACAACUUCCACCGCGCCGGCGCCGAAGCGGAAUCCUUCGACCUGCGCUCAAUCCUCGACAACUCGCUCGUCCGGUCGCGUCCGAUGGACGCCGUCACAGUCGUCUGCAACCACGACACCCAACCUACCCAAGCUCUCGAGGCACCUGUUGCGCCUUGGUUCGCGCCGCUCGCGUAUUGCUUGACGUUGUUGAGGGCCGAGGGAUACCCGUGCGUGUUUGGAGGUGACUUGUGGGGGUGUAAGAGCGAGCCGGGUGUUGAGCCGAUUAGUGGGUUGGCGGAGUUGGUCAAGGCUAGGAGGUGGUUCGCUUACGGACCGACGAGGGACUACUGGGAUCACGCCAACUGUCUCGGCUGGAUCCGCGAAGGAGACGCGGACCAUGACGGCUGUGCGGUGGUCAUCUGCAAUGGAACGGGCGAAGGAGAGAAACGUAUGCAAGUGCAGGGGAACAACGAGCACAAAGGCGAGAAAUGGAUUGACGUGCUCGGGUGGACGCAGGGAGAAGUCGAGAUCGAGGAAGACGGCUGGGCGACGUUCAAGUGCCCGAGUAAGAGCGUCGCGGUGUGGGUCAGGAAGGACGCGAGGGGUCUCGAGGCGUUUGGGAGGAAGUAG